AUGAGCAAGAAGCAGGACACGCUCUGGACGGCCUUUGGGCGGCAGCGACAGCCAUACACAAAGCGUCAGAAGCUGCAGGUAGCAGAGGAAACAAAGGCAAUAGUAGCUCGAAAGAAGCAGCGCGAUCCAUUGAACAGAGACAACGUAGAAGAUGCGGACGAAGAAAGAUUAGGUUUUAAAACGAAAAGGGGUGAUACUGAGGUUACAAGUGAUGAUGCUGAUGUGUUGAUACGCUUAGAGACGAAAGAGAGGAUGAGGAAGAACGUAGUUGUCGUGGAGGAGGACGUGGAUUGGGAUCAAGUCGAGCAUAAGACACGAGAAAUUGACCAAAAAACAACCAAAUUAAACGAAAGAAAAGAAGUAGGAAACAAGAUGUACAAUUAUAUUAAGGACAGUGUUCACGGACUCAUGACGUUUGAGCCCAUUUGUAUGAGGAUCAUUGAUACACUGCAGUUCCAGCGGCUUCGGAACUUGCAUCAACUUGGGGCUGCCAAUUUUGUGUACAUUGGAGCAACACACUCUCGUUUUGAACAUUGCCUUGGAGUCGCGUAUUUUGCUGAAAAGAUGAUUGAAAGUAUUCGGUCGCAUCAGCCAUGGCUGUUAAUUACAAAGGAGGACGUGAUGUGUAUCAAGAUUGCGGGAUUGUGUCAUGAUCUGGGUCACGGACCAUUUAGCCACGUCUUUGAUGGGCUAUUCUUGGACCAACUACGGAAGAAAAAAAUUAUUGAUGAGGCGUUCAAAUGGUCACAUGAACAAGGAUCAGUGGACAUGUUUGACUUUCUACUGUCACAGAACAAUAUCUCGGUCGAGAAGUAUGGCUUGACCCAGCAAGAUGUGGUGUUCAUCAAGGAGCUAAUUUGGGGUGGACCGUUGCCAGACUCCAACGGCGUUUUAUGCGGACGGCCGUCUCGAGAUCAGAGAUUUUUGUACGACAUCGUCAACAAUGCUCACAGUGGCUUGGACGUGGAUAAGCUGGACUAUUUCAUGCGUGACUCGCUUUAUACAGGGGCCAAAAUGUCGUGUGAUACGGAUUUGCUAAUUCGAAACGCUCGGGUGCUGGUCGAUUGCGAAGACCCCAACGAAAAUAAGGUAAUUUGCUUUCCUGAAAAGUUGGCGGGACAGAUCAUGCAGGCUUUCCGCACACGCUACGAGCUUCACCAAUCUGUAUACCAGCACAGAGGAGUUCGUGCUAUCGAUUAUAUGCUUUGCGACCUUCUGAUCUCAGCAAACGACCACUUGAAAAUCAAAGGACAGCGGAUCUCGGAGGUCAUGUGCUCGAUGGAGGCAUAUCAGCACUUCGACGACCGUGUGCUACUAAAAAUUCAGGAGAGCGAUGGUGCCGAACUAUCGGAGGCCAGGUCGAUAUUGAAUCGCAUUUUCUCGAAACCGUAUUACGACUUUGUCGGCAAAACAGCGUUGACGGACCAUUCGCAGCAGAAAUCGGUGGACAUGCUUUUGAACGAAGUCCUGCGGUGCUCGGCGCGUCGGUCACUGAUUAGUGAAAAAGAUGCGGUCAUUCUAGACUUCAUGCGUGUCCACUACGGCAAAGGAAAGGAAGAUCCUCUCCAGCACGUCCGUUUCUACUCGAAAAAUGCAACGGCAAGCUCCAGGUGCUUCCGCUUGCCCGAGUGUGCGUAUGAAAUGUUUAGCCCUCGAAAAUUUGAAGAAUACACUAUCCGAAUUUUCGUGAAAGAAUCACGUCUGAUAACACCAGUUCGAGAGGCGUUUGAGAAAUGGUGCCGCAAGUACAACAACUCUCAGGCGUUUCCACUCGCUUCCCUAAAAAUGCAAUAG